AUGCCUAGAUAUACCAAUGCAUAUUUUCAUUUUCGUAAAGGGGAAAUCGAUCGAAUGAAAAAUGUUAAAAUGACAGUAAUCUCCAAAGAAACCGCACCAAAAUGGAGGAAAAAAAAUGACUCGCAAAAAAGAAAGCAUUUUCACGCAGCCGCAAAAGAUUAUGUAGAUAAGGAGAUCGCUUCCGGUACAAACCACCUUACAACAAAAUCCUUUGAACAACAUGGAAAUAUUGCGUUUGUUAUCGAAACUCCCAUUAUCAAAACUGAAAAAUUAUAUGAAGAGCAACUUGUUCAUACCAAUGUACAACUUGUCCAAUCUGAAAUAUCUGAAGUUAUAUAUACACAUUCCUCUUUAAAUGUUGGUGAUGUUCCAUACGCAAGUGAAUACGAAGAGUUUGAUGAAUUUUUUAAUUUUGAUUUUUAUAAUAAACAAGGCGCUGGCGAAGUCGUUGACCUAGAAAGGGACAAUAAUAACUUCGAGAUGAUUGGUGGUGUACCAACUACCGAGUAUAGAAAAUAA